AUGAUGUGCCAGGCGUGGAUUACCGUUUACCUUAUCACUGUUCCCGCGUCCAUUUUGACCCUUUUGGCCGUGAGCGUGGAUCGUUACAAGAGUCUUAAGGAUCCCUUGAAUCGAUUUCGCCGCUUCCGAUUUAUGACACGAAAGAGAGCUUUAAUUAUUAUUUCUGUCAUCUGGCUUUACAGCUUGGUUUUUGCUUUAUUUCCCGUCUUGGGCUGAAGAAAAUAUGACGAGUUUGUUUAUGAGGGAAUCUGUUACUUUCCUUUUCAUGAAAUUUAUUCCAGUCUCAGCUCUUGCCUAAAUUUCAUCAGUCCACUACUGGUAACGUGCGGUAUCUAUGUUAAGAUUUACCUCAUAGCGAGGUCUCAAAGCAGCACUUUUGAUAAAGAGAUCUCACGACAAAUGCGUACGACGGAAGCCUGUUCACGACAAACGUGUUCUACUGAAGAAAAGAAAAUCUAUUUAAGGAACAUUCGAGCGGCCAAGACUAUCUCCAUCUUUGUAGCCGUGUUUUUCUUCUGCUGGGUUCCUCACUCUUCCAUUUGCAUCACUGCCAGUCUCUGUCAAUCAUGUCAAGCUAAAAUCCCCGAUGAAGUUCGAGCUAUAUUUGUGAUGUUUGGUUACCUCAACUCUGCCCUCAACCCAUUUCUUUCCGCUUUUCGAAACAGAAGAUUUAAG